AUGACUGGGCAAGUCUCACCUCUGGGAACCCCUCCAAAGCUCCAAGCUGGCUCCACCCCGCUAUACCGGCAGCCAGAUUACCCAAGCAACGUCGUGGGAGCCCAGCAACUCCAACCACUAGUGGCACAGUUCAAGGCCGAACUGCAACCGAUCCUCCGAUCUCAGGAACAGCUCUCACAGUGUGCGUCAAAGCAGGAGGUAUUGAACGAGGUGCAACAGAUGUUGCAGCAAUUCCAGCAGCAGCAUAUUAACCUAUGGGCCCAGAUGUCCCAGGUGACACAGGUUCAGUCACAGCGGGCCAUGAUUGAGUCACUGACCACGUCGCUGGACUCGGCGCAGCGUUGA